AUGCUUGUCUGGAAGGCUUCCUCUGUCCGGUCACUCAGCAUCCCUCUCAGGUGCAUAUUUGGCCGACAGAAUUCAACAAACUCAUCCAUAUAUGCCCCGAAAAGGCGUCCAUCAUUCGUAAUUUACGGCGUACUCGGCGGUGGUGCUGUUGCUACAGCAUACUUUUUCUGGCCGGACAUUUCUCGCUCGGCACCAACGUACUCAAAUGCGCUGCUCUCUCCUGUACAUUUCAUUCCCGUCACGGUGUCCUCUACCGUAGCAUGCGCUGACCCAAACAGUCGCCUCAUAACCCUGACCGUUCCUCCUCAAUGUCUCCCGUCUCGCGACGAGUCCGCCGUGGGACCCGUGUGGUCCAUCUUCAUCAAGGACGAUGAUAUCCAAGUGGAACGACCUUAUACGCCUCUGGAGGGCAUUGAUAAGGAGGGCCGGAUGAAGUUCUGGAUCAAGAAGUACCCGAAAGGCGAGGUCGGGCGUUGGGUGCACUCGAAGAACGUGGGAGACAAAAUUGAGAUUAGAGGCCCACUAGUUACGUGGAAGUGGCAGGAGAAUGUGUGGGACGAAGUUGUCAUGAUUUCCGGGGGCACCGGAAUAACCCCGUUUUGUCAACUGCUGUACAAUACAGUCCUGCAGAACCCUUCAAACCCUCGGAGGACGCGAUUUACGCUUCUCCAUGGUUCAUAUACACCAGCCGAACUCCCUCCGCCCGCUAUGCUUGAGCCUCUACUUUCGACGGCGCAAACACAUCCUGACCGCUUCAAAAUGUCCCUUUUCGUGAAUUCUCUGGACGGCCCAAGUCACCCGUCGCUCUCGUCUUCUGCCUUCCAAGUCGGCAGAAUAGACAGGGGAGCGAUUGAGCAUGCUCUGGGGAUCGAUAACGGCUUUACAGUCUGGUGGAAGGCCCUGCUCCGUAUGAAGACUCCCGCGGAUCGUACCAAAAAGACUCUCUUUUUGGUCUGCGGUCCGGAAUCCAUGAUCAACAGCAUUGCAGGCCCUUUCGGACGGAACUUCUCCCAAGGCUCUAUCGGCGGUGUGCUCCAAACUAUGGGCUAUGGAUCACACGAAGUAUGGAAAUUGUAA